UCAUCAUCAAGCUGUCAACAACAACCACCACAACAUCAACAUGAUCAAAUUGAACAAAAAUGUUGGCCAAAACCAAGACAAAAAUGUCGAAUAAAAUAUGUGCGAUUGAAAUUGUUUGAUUCAAUUAUCAAUAUUCAACACCAUCAUUGUUAUCAAAAAUAUUUUCCAAUGGAUGAUGAUAUCCAAUUUAAUAAAUCAUUAGCUGUUUGUCUUUUUGAUAAAUUCUUUCGACAACAACAACAACAGCAACAGUAGCAACAACCAUUCCACAGCAACAUUCAAUCAUCGAUCAUCGAAACAAUCAUCAAUAAUGAAUUUAUUCAUCAGAAUGUGGCCAACAAUUUUUUUACACCAUAUUCUUUAUGUUCAACUUUUAUUAACAUUAUUAGGUCCAUCAAUGACCAUUGCCACAUCGCAAAGAAUUUCGGCCAAUAUUGGUGAUAAUGUGAUUUUAAAAUGUGCCUUGGAAUCAUCAAUGUCUUCAUCAUCAUUAUCAUCAUCAUCAUCAUCAUCAACAAUAGUGAACAAUCCAAAUAAUCAUCAAACAUCAUCAACAUCAUCAUUAUCAUCAUCAUUAAUUGGUGGUAAAAUAUCACAAGCAUCAGUAUCAUUAUCAACUGAACCAUUCAUGAUACAAUGGUAUAAGGAUGGUUCAAAAAAUCCCAUAUACAUUUAUUAUGAAAAUUUUGAUCCAACCUAUGGUGAUGGUUUUGAAGGACGUGUAUCAUUAGUAGAUAAAAAUACACAGGCAUCAUUAAAUUUAUCAAAUAUAAAGGAUAGUGAUCAAGGAUGGUAUGAAUGUAAAGUAUUCUAUUUAAUGCGUGAAAAUAAUGAUGAUGAUCCGGGUAAAAAUCGUACAAGAAUUUUACUUGAAGUUAACUCACCACCACAUUUUAAAGAGAAACCACCAGAAGCUGUUUUUGUUAAAUCAGGCGAUUCAUUAACAAUACAUUGUCGUGCACAUGGAACGCCAACACCAACGGUUCUUUGGCAAAAGGAUAAUUCCUUAGUUCAAAAUAGUGCCUCAAUACGUGUUCAUGGUGGUGAAUUGAUAUUGAAAUCAAUUCAAAAAGAUGAUACCGGUACCUAUGUUUGUAUAGCAAAAAAUCGUCAAGGUUCAUUAUCGGCCAAUACACAAGUGUUGAUUUCAUCACCGGCUGAAAUUGUCAAUCCACCACGUAAUACAACAGUAUUGGAAAAUAAUCGUGUAGAAAUGUCAUGUGGUGCACGUGGUACACCAUCAAAUAUCACUUAUCGUUGGUAUCAUAAAGGAAUUUUGAUUAGUCAAUUACAAAAAUUAGCACAUCGAACAAAAAUAAAAACCGAUGGUACAUUAGUGAUAUUAUCUGCUGAACCUGAUGAUGGCGGUAAAUUGACCUGUGAUGCAACCAAUGGUAUUGGUGAGCCAGAUACUGCCUAUGCUCAACUUAGUGUUGAAUUUCCAGCACGUGUAACAUAUUCACCUGCACGACAAUAUCUACCUCUUGGCAUGUCAGGCAUUGUACGUUGCUAUAUACAGGCAUCACCACAAUUACAAUUUGCUACAUGGACAAAAGAUCAUCGAAUGUUUGAUCCAACAACAUUACCGAAUGUUGAACUAUUAGCCAAUGGUUCAUUAUUGUUUCAUAAAGUUUCACAAGAACAUCAUGGUUUUUAUCGUUGUACGCCAUAUAAUCUACAAGGUACUGGACAAAGUUCUAAUUCAAUGGAAGUUAUUGUUCGUGAGCCACCAAUGUUUAAAAUAUCACCACAAGAAUAUUAUGUAUCAUCAAUGGAUGAUGAUGUUACAAUGUCAUGUGAAGGAAUGGGACAGCCAAAACCAAAAAUCAGUUGGAAACGGAUUGGUGGCAAUGGAAAAAUGCCCAAACAUUCAUAUCAACGUAAUGGAAAUAUAACAUUGGUCAAAUUGAGAAAAGAAGAUUUUGGCCAUUAUGAAUGUGUGAUUGAAAAUGAAAUUGCCAUUUUGGUUGCUCAAACAGAGAUCCGUAUGAAUGGUACCACGCCUUAUGCACCAACCAAUUUGACUAUCAAUACAAGUGCCUAUGCUGCAACAUUGAUGUGGCAACCAAAUUUUGAUGGUGGUCUACGGCAACAUUUUACAAUAAGAUAUCGAUUGGCUCAAUCUGAUGAUAGUGGUUGGAAAACGAUGCGUGUACAGCCAUCGGAUUCAAAAGUAUUUAGCAUCUAUAAUCUACAAUCAGAUAUGGAAUAUGAAUUUCAAGUGUAUGCAACAAAUUCAUUGGGACGUGGACCAGGUUCUGAUUUGAUUAAAGCCAAAACUAAAUCAAAACCAGAUGUAGAGCUAUCUUUACAAAAUAUUGUAUCACAAUCGGAUCCGGAUACAACGACCAACAAUAUGAUUAGAACAUUAGAUGUACCGACAGUAAUACCGGAAUCAUUAUCAGCAAUAUCUGGAAUGUCAACAAAAUUAUCGAUUCUUAAUAAUGAUAAUAAUAGCCAUUCGAUUGAUAGCGGUGGAAGUAGUGGUGGUGGUGGUGGUAAUGGUGGUGUAACACCCGGAUCACCACGUAAUGUAAGCAUUGAAAAAAUGGCACAAGGUUGGGUUGUAUCAUGGUUACCACCAAUGCAUCCACAACCAACACCGGUAGCUUAUUAUUCUGUAGAAUAUCGUGAAGGCGAUGGUGAUUGGAAUAUGUCCGAACAGAUUGCUCAAGAUAAUGCCUAUCUAAUAAAAGAGUUAAAAACAUCAGUAAAAUAUACGAUACGUGUAUGGGCCUUUUCCAUAUUGGGCAUUGGCACGGCAAGUUCAUUGAUCGAAUAUAAAAUAACAAACACCAGUGGCAGUAUGAAAGGAUCACGAGCAAUAACAGCCGGUGUUGUUGGCAGUGUUUUGUUUUUUGUUGCUGCCAUAAUAUUAUCCGUAUGUGCCGUAAAAAUUUGCAAUAAACGUAAACAAAGAAAAAUGGAAAAAGCUUAUAUGAUGGUUACAUGUCCAGUAAUGGACGGUGUUAAUGGUACCCAUUCACAUCAUGGUAGUCCAGUUACAUUGAAACAAAUUGCUCAAGCAAAUAAAAAAGAUUUUCACAAAGCAGAAUAUCAAGUCUGAAAAUAACGAAUGAUGAUGAUGAUCAUCUUCAUCAAUUUUAUUUCGAUGGUGGUGGCAACAACAAAAAAAUGACUUCUAAAUCUACCUGGUGGUGGUACACCGGCACAGCAAGAGAUAAUAAAUGACAAUAUCCAAUUGACUACCAACAAGAAAAACUAGAAAAACCAAUUAUAGUCAUCGAUAUUUUUUUUUUGCAAGUUAAACCACCGUUUUGUGUGUGUGUAUGACAAACUCAACAGACACAGCUUGAAACAAUCUACUACUACUAUGGUCUAUUAUUCUGGCUUUUUUUUCUUAAGAAAAAAAAAUGACAAGAAUUUUUUCUGAAAAAAUUCUUGCCAAACAACGGAAUCGACAACCCAAAAACAAUUUUCAUAAAUCAUUUUUUUUUUUUUGAGCAACACGACUACCAGAAAAAAAUUGAAGAAAUGACAUCCAUGUGAAAGUAAAAAACAGGGAAAAAAAGAAACAAGAAAACCC